GACUCCGCCCCCCCAGUUAGUUGCCUGUGGACCUGGUCUGAGAGAGUCCAGACCUGCAGCAGGAUCACCAGAGACCAGGAACAACAACAUGGCUGGCUGUGCAGGAUGUGGCCCGGGGUACGGCAGCCCGCUGGACGCCAUGAAGGGUCCUCGGGAGCAGAUCGUCUACCUGCCCUGCAUCUACCGCAACACCGACACCCUGAAGCCCGACUACCUCGCCACCGUGGACGUCGACCCCAAGUCCUCCACCUUCUGUCAGGUGGUGCACCGGCUGCCGAUGCCGAACCUGCGUGACGAGCUGCAUCACUCCGGCUGGAACGCCUGCAGCAGCUGCUUCGGAGACGCCUCCAAGAAGAGAAACCGCCUGAUCCUCCCGUCGCUCAUCUCCUCCAGAAUCUACGUGGUCGACGUCGGGACGGAUCCCCGAGCGCCGCAGAUCCACAAGAUCGUGGAGCCGGUGGAUCUGUACUGGAAGUGCGGCCUGGCGAACCCUCACACCUCCCACUGCCUGGCCAACGGCCAGAUCAUGGUCAGCUGCAUCGGAGACCCGUCCGGCAACGGCAAAGGUGGGUUCGUCCUGCUGGACGGCGAGACGUUCGAGGUGGUCGGGAACUGGGAGCACGAGGGGGAGGCGGCGCCCUUCGGAUACGACUUCUGGUACCAACCGCGCCACAACGUGAUGAUCAGCACGGAGUGGGGCGCGCCCAAAGCCCUGGCAGGGGGCUUCAACCCCGCCCACGUCAAAGAAGGACUCUACGGUCAGUGCCUCCAUGUCUGGGACUGGACCAGCCACAGGAAGCUGCAGACUCUGGACCUGGGGGAGGACGGAGCCAUCCCCCUGGAGGUCCGCUUCCUCCACGAGCCCAGCGCCCCCCAGGGAUACGUAGGAUGUGCUCUACGGGGAACCGUCUUCAGGUUCUACAAGACACCGAAAGGUGACUGGGCAGCAGAGAAAGUGAUCAGCGUCCCCAGCAAGAAGGUGGAAGGAUGGGCUCUACCAGAGAUGCCUGGUCUGAUCACAGACAUCCUGAUCUCGUUGGACGACAGGUUCCUCUACUUCAGUAAUUGGCUCCACGGUGACAUCAGGCAGUAUGACAUCACCGAUAGGAGGAAGCCACGAUUGGUCGGCCAGGUGUUCCUGGGAGGAAGCAUCGUCAGCGACGGUCCGGUCCGAGUCCUGGAAGACCCCGAGAACCAGCCGCAGCCCCCCCCUCGCAUCAUCCAGGGGAGGCGUGUCCCUGGUGGUCCUCAGAUGUUGCAGCUGAGUCUUGACGGACGGAGACUCUACGUGACGACGUCCCUCUACAGCGGCUGGGACAAACAGUUCUACCCCGACAUGACCCGAGGGGGGUCCGUGAUGAUGCAGAUCGAUGUGGACUCUGCUGGGGGGGGUCUGACCCUGAACGAGGACUUCCUGGUGGACUUCGGUAAAGAACCAGACGGUCCGGUUCUAGCCCACGAGCUGCGCUACCCGGGAGGAGACUGCACCUCCGACAUCUGGAUCUAACACCUGGAUCUGGAUCUGGAUCUGGAUCUGGAUCUGGAUCUAGGAUCUGGAUCUAGGAUCUGGGUCUGGAUCUAGGAUCUGGAUCUGGAUCUAGGAUCUAGGAUCUGGAUCUGGAUCUAGGAUCUGGAUCUGGAUCUAGGAUCUGGAUCUGGAUCUGGAUCUAGGAUCUGGAUCUAGGAUCUGGAUCUGGAUCUAACACCUGGAUCUGGAUCUAGGAUCUGGAUCUGGAUCUGGAUCUGGAUCUAACAUCUGGAUCUAAACCAGCGAGACGAGAAGUCAUCAGUUAUCUCAUUAUCAUCAACGCUGCACAUUAAACAGUAGAAAUUAUAAAAACACAAUAAAAACACGAUAAAACAGAGACGAGCAGUUUGUGCUGAAAUAUGAGACACCAGAAACAACUUUGAAUUAUUUAUAUUUGAAUUUUAAUUGCUUCACUUGAAUUCAGUUCAUUCAGUUCAUUCAGUUCUCACAAUUCAAAUUCAAAAUUCGGCCAAUCAGCAUCUCCGUUGUUUUUUCGUUGCCACCCGGUUGCCAUGGCGCCUCGUCGGCCAAUCAGCAUCUCCGUUUCCUACCAGAUGUUCGUUGCAGAGAAUUUAAAUUAAAAGUUGAGAACUGAAUGUUCAGUUCCAAAAUAAUAAAUUAAUUUUUAAAGUACAAUUCAGAUUCAGUUUUUCAAUGCAAUGAUCCAAAUCAAGUAUAAAUGAUUCAGAUUCAGUUUAUGACUCAUAUUUCAUCUUUCAGUCUGUAGAGCAGCUUCACGUUAAUUUACACCAGCAGAAGUUUUUUAUACGAAACAUAAAGAAACACAACUUAUAUAAACAGACACAAACAGGAUUAUAAAUAAAUAAUAAUUAACCCUUUGGGCCCUCUGGACAUUUUCAACCAUAUUUGUCAUUUUUUACUUUUGUUUUGGCAAUUAUUCUGGCUGUGAUGCUGCAAAUUACAAGAUUUUUGGAAGGAUUUUUUUCUUGAUAUAUUUUGAAAUUCAAAUUUAAAUGUUUCUAAUAGGUCAAUAAUAAAAAAAAUGCUACAAAAACUCCACAGAUUAAUAUUUUUUUCUAGUUUUUUUCUGCAUAAACUUUUUAAAAAAUAUUAUUCUGUAAAGGUUUCAUAUCGUUUUUCUGGAAGUGGACAUUUUCAGCCCAACCGGUCUGAAAGGGGAGUCAAUUUUAAAUCUGACACAAAACUAAAAAUGCAUUUAAAUCAAUCUUGUUCUUAAUCUUUGACAUAUUCAAGACUGUGAUAAAAACCAACGCACAGCCAAAAAUAUUGAUCAAACGGGCAUUUAAAGGGUUAAAAUCCUCAAACUCUGAAUGUUUUGUUGGGUUUUUAUCACAUUUACUGAUGAACAAAGAGCUGGUUUUCUGCCAGACGGGUCAUUUUUCACUUUUGUUUUGGCAAUCAUUUUGGCUGUGAUGCUGCAAAUUACAUGUUUUUUUGUGAAGAAGGAUUUUUUCCUUGAUAUAUCUUGAAAAUAACUCAAUUUUUUGGCGUUUUUCCUUUGAAAAACAGUGACAACAUGCAAUCAAACUGCAUUUAAAGGGUUAAAAUACUCAAAAUCUUUGAAUGUUUAAACAUUUUGAGCAGGGCAGAAGUUGUUUAAGAGGUUUAUGCAGAAAAAAUAUGAAUAUGUAAAGUUUUUAUAGCACUUUUUGGAGGUGGACAAGUAAAUUAGAGCGGGCCCAAAGGGUUAAAAACAUCAAAUACACAUUCAGAAAGUUUCCCAAUAAAACAACAGAAAGGUUUCGAUGGUUAGUGUCAUAUUAUUCUGAUUAUUGAUCAUAACUCCUGUCUUGUUCUUGGGCCUCCUGCUGUGACCUCAGCGCCCCCUGCUGGCCGCUCUCACUCACUGUUUAAAUAAAGUUCUGUUGAAACAUC